GCGUCUCUAUUGCGGUGAACUGACACAUCAUCCGGUUCAAUUGCCCGGGCCAAUUGGAUGUACUACUGUCUCCCGUCGCCGGCACCUAGGAUACUGUAUGUGCAUAGACCGUAACGAUGUCGCCAGGCGCAUUGUACCAGCUUGCGCCCGAGCAGCUGCGAGCAAGCUCGCGACGAAGUGCAGCAGCGACGAUUUUCCGGAGGGAUCGUAUAAGGCUUCUGCGAUGCUCGGCAGCAGCUCAGCCGGGCGAACCUGGCGAGGCCGCCGGUCCCAGCACAUCUGGCAGCGACAACUCCAAUUGGUGGGCUAGCAUAAACCGUAAAACAGGCAUUCGGGGGCCAGAUCCGGCUCCCGCGGAGGAGCACACCAAUGGACCGGCACGGGACAUAAUUGGCGACCGCAUGAGCCGGCGUUUGGAAGACAUUAACAAAGCUGAGCGGCAAAGAGUGUGGGACGCUAUGCGUGUGGCCGCCGCGCAUCGCUACGCCGCCGGCCAGAUGCCGGCCUGGUUCGACCCCGAGUGGCUGCAGCAGGAGGAGGCGCCGCUGAACGCCAUGGACCGUAUGCGGGGGGAGCAGCGGAGGAUAGAUGAGCAGCAGCAGCAAGGGGAGGCGUCUUCCUCUGAUAAGCUGGCCAUGGAGGGCGGCGGCGGCGACUCGGGCGCUGGCGCGGGCGGCUGGUCGGGCGGCGGCGGCGGGGGCGGCUGGUGGCGCGAGGAUGACCCGUACUGGCCGCUGCGGGACUGGGGCGACCACCCCAUGCGCUGGUGGACAUUGGCAUUUGCGGCCAUCAUGGCAGCCGGCGGCCUGGCGACCAGUGUGGCGACGGGCUACGUGGAGCCGGUGCAGGCGGGUCUGGGCGCCGGGUCACUGCUGGCGCUUGCAGGCGCGGCCAUGAGCGACGCGCGCUGCGUGCCGGGGGCGCUGGGUGUCAAGCUGGCCUGGGCCGUGUGCGCGCUGAUUGUGCUGAAGGAGGUGUCAGUGGGCUGGCAGCACAAGCGCAAGCGGCGGCUGGCGGCCUCCGCGCCGCGCCUGGAGCUGACGGGGCUGGCGGCGGCGGCGCUGUGUGCGGGCUACAUGCUGACGGACAUGAGCGGGCUGGGCGAGGUGGCGCUGCCGCCCAACCCCGGAGCCGUGUUCAAGUCGCCGGACGUGGCAUACCGCGCCAGCGUGUGGCAGAAGUGGGGCUAUGGCCAGGUGCAGAUGCGCGUGUAGGCGGAGAUUAUAGCGGUGGGGUGGACAGCAUAGCGUUGGCCGGUGGGUGGAUGGGGGAGUGGCGUGGCGUGGAGAAAGAGAGAGGCGUGUAGCUCGGAGCUGGAGGCGCCGGGUGUGGAGGAGGUGCAUGGCGGCGAUCGCUGGCUGUGUGUAUGUGCGAACGUGUGUGCGAUGGGUGUGGAUUAGGGGCCGCUAUCUGUGCGUGCCACAAUGCGCGUAACUGGCGCUGUGCAGCAUUGCAAUCGGACAAGACCGGUGGAAGUGUGUUCGCAGGCACCUUGGGGUGCGUAGAGAACGGUGCAAGUGUGCAACUGCGCCAUCGCGCCAAGGCUCUGGCACCAAUGAUGUAAUAGUGAGGACGU